UGGCUUAGGCCCGUAUACAAGGAGAUAUGAUAGCUUGUGCAGCUUGUGCUCGCAAACUCCCGAAGUAUGGCGUGAAGGCUGGCCUGACAAAUUAUGCUGAAGCAUCUUGUACUGGCCUGCUGCUGGAACGCAGGCUUCUUAAUAGGUUUGGCAUGGACAGAAUUUAUGAAGGCCAAGUCGAGGCGACUGGAGGCGAACACAAUGUGGAAAGCAUUGAUGGUCGACCUGGUGCCUUCACCUGUUACUUGGACGCAAGGCUUGCCAGGACUACUACUGGGAAUAAAGUUUCUGGGGCCCUGAACGGAGCUGUCGAUGGAGGUCACAGUACCAAAUGGUUCCCUGGUUAUGAUUCAGAAAGCAAAGAAUUCAAUGCUGAGGUACACCGAAAGCACAUCAUGGGGCAGAACGUUGCAGAUUAUAUGCGUUACCUGAUCGAAGGAGAGGAAGCUGUUUACGGAAAACAAUUCUCUCAAUACAUAAAGAACAAAGUAACUCCAGACAUGAUGGAGGAGAUGGGUGAGAAAGCUCAGGCUGCAAUACGAGAGAAUCCAGUGUAUGAGAAGAAGCCUAAGGAAGAAAUUGAAAAGAAGAGGUGGAACCGUCCCCAAAUGUCACUUGCCCAGAAGAAAUAUCGGGUAGCUCAGGAGAAGACAAGCUUCCUUAGAGCUCAGGAACGGGCUGCUGAGUUAAUAAACCGAACCACAAUUUCUAUGAAGAUUUUUCAGAUAAAGACAGGUGAAGCCCAGCUAGGAAUGCGUAGGAAGGGAGGAAGAAAAGGCUGCCUCCAUGAAGAUCUGGUGUGUGACCCCUAUGAAGAUGUUUCUGCAUCUGAAAGCAAAGAUGACCUCAUGUGUAACGCACGACUCGGAACUGUAACGUCCAACGCUACCCAAAGGGCCACAGGUGAUGACGGCAAAGACUACAACAAGGGAUGA